GCAUCGACUGUCAAUGAUUUCGUUCAUUCAUUCGAGCAAUCAAUAUUCGAUCCGCGGAUCGGAUCGUCGCCGGUUUCUUGGGGCGCUAAUUUCUUUUCGAGAAGGGCGGAUGCCACCUUUGGGUCGUGUUAUAAUACAGCGCGUAAUUUUCAUCCUUUCUCUUUCGCUUGCUAUGGCGCGGGUAUUACCGAAGCUGUCGGUGUUUUAGUAGUUUGAUAUUCUCCGGACGACUCGGAGUGCUUUCGUAACCUUCCCAACAGCAUCGUUAUACCGGGCUUUCUAUUUUUGUUGAUACGUGCCAAUCGACGACAUGGACUUCAAAUUGUUUCUGAUAUUAGCGGUGACGAUCCUCCGCGGAUAUCCCGCACAGGGGGCUGGGAUCUUCAACAUCGUUCACGGACUGCUGCAAGACAAUGUGGCUGGAAUACCAUUAAUUCACGAGAAAACCGAAUGGGAUUUCGAUCCUGAGGUGGGUAAAUUGAGAAGAGUUCAAUUCGAGGCACUGAACGGAUGGCAGGGACGUGAUCUCAUCGACAGAUUGGGCUAUGGGAUCCACGACAACGGAGUUACGCCAAAAACUAGCUCAGUUAAUAAACCUGCAGUCAUACUGCCGCCCUGGGAAGCCGCCACUCUGGGUCGCCAACAUCCACGCCCUUGAAAUCUGAACGCUCAACCUGAUUUGUAAUUGAAACGAGAUGCUGCGGGGCGACUAAAAGCGAAGAGCGCCGUUAAAAUUUCAUCUGCAAAAGUCCUUGUAAUACAGUGUACAUAACUGAGUAACUAUUAUCAUCAAAAUCUUGAUUUUGAGUCAUGUGUAUAUAAAAAUCCACAAAAUACAGUUAUUUUAUAUA